GCUGUUUUCUUCACGAGUCGAGGCCACAGAACGAGAAAGGGGUGUAUCCGCUCCAGGAGACGGGGUGAGAGUUCCUGCAGGGCCGCCCGGAGAAGCCCCGAGGCCGCCAUGGCGACCCGGCGUCGGGGGCGCGGCUGCUGGGAGCGGAGUCCUCCAGAGAGGAGGCCGCCUGCCGGGCCUCCGGGUCUCCUGGCCGAGGAGGAGGCAGCGUCCCCGCCGGUCCUGUCCCUCAGCCACUUCUGCAGGUCGCCCUUCCUCUGCUUCGGGGACGUGCGCCUGGGAGCCUCGCGCACACUGCCCCUGACCCUGGACAACCCCAACGAGGAGACCGCAGACGUGAGGCUGUCCCGCGUCCCGGCCGCCGAGCAAGGCUUCAGCAUCUGGCCCAGCGCCUUCGUGUUGCAGCCUAAAGAAAAAGUUGUGAUUUCGAUUACCUGGACACCGUUAAAAGGAGGCCGAGUAAGAGAGAUUGUGACAUUUCUCGUAAAUGAUGUUCUGAAGCAUCAAGCUAUAUUACUAGGAAACGCAGAAGAGCAGAAAAAGAAAAAGCGGAGUCUUUGGGAUACCAUUAAUAAGAAGAAAGCAUCAGCCUCUUCAAGUAAUAACAAGAAGGUUUCGAAUAUUCCAAAUAUUAAUAAAACAUUUAGUGUUUCCCCAAAGGCUGAGAGAGUCAGGAGCCCACUACAAGCCUGUGAAAAUUUGGCUGUGAAUGAAAGCUGUUCCCCAAAAGACAACCAUUCUUUAAUCCUUGAAGAAAAUACAAUACCCAUAUCACCUAUCAGUCCCGCUUUCCCAGAGUGCCACGGGGACACCUGCCUGCCACUCUCUGCCCGUCGGUCCACGGCCUACACAUCCCUUCCUGUAUCUGAAAAUGGGGAGCUGCUGAAAGUGGAAGGUGCCCUCCUUUCAAAGGAUUUUAAUUUUAACGAGAAGAUCCUAACUGAAACUUCCUUUGACUCCACAAAUAAUGUUAACGGCCAAAUUGAAGAAAAUAGUAAACUUAGUCUUACCCCAAACUAUUCUUCAACUCUGAACAUUACACAAAGCCAAGGACAUUUUCUAAGUCCAGAUUCCUUUGUGAAUAACAGCCGCUCAGCUAACGAUGAGCCAGAAUUAGCGGCGUGUCCUUCACCAGAUAUAUUUGUGGAAGGUAAUUCAAGGCCGAUGCAAUUAGAAUCCAAAAGUGUCCAUGAAAUUUACCAGACAAUUUUAAGUCCAGAUUCUUUCAUAAAGGACAGUUAUGGACUAAAUCAGGAUCUAGAAUCAGAGUCAUUUAAUCCAAUUCUAUCCCCAGGUCAGUUUGUAAGAGGUAGUGUGGCAUAUAUAUGUAUAUCUCAGCAAACAUGUAAAUUGUCACCAUUAGCAAAUGUAAAUUCUCAGGCCUCACAGUCGCCUCAAGAUGGGAGAAAAAAUGAAGUUUUUCCUUGUAUUCCUGAAUGUCAGCUUUCAAAAUCUCCAGAAGCUAUUUUUGAAGAAUCCAAAGCUGUAGAAAUGAAGUCAAAUUGCUACACUUUUAAAAAACAGAACCAGCCUAAAUUUUCUGCAGCUCAGGAUAUUUCUGGCCACAGCCACCAUAAACCAAUUAAGAGACGCCCAAUACUUUCAGCCACUGUUAUUAAAAGAAAGGCUACUUGUGCCAGAGAAAACCAAACAGAGACUAACAAACCAAAGGCAAAAAGAUGUCUCAACAGUGAAGUUGGUGAGUGCGAAAAAGAAGAUAAUCAGAAAGAGGAUUUUCAUUCUUACAUUCUAGCUGGAGACCCAACAUUAAGUAAAACUAAGAAUUAUAAAAAUGUAAUAACUCCUCCCUCGAAGACGACUUUAGUUUCUCGUAAAAGAAAGAGUGAGGGAAACACAGAGGAUGAAAAGGUGCAUGUCACAGUUACAGAAGAUACAGAAGUACAAGAACUCAAAAGGAUCCAUUUUUCUCCUGUGGAGCCUAGAGCAUCAGCUGUUAAAAUCACAAGAACAGUGAUGACAUCCACCUCCAAACGCAUUAGCAGCAGAGAGAGAGUAAACCUGAAAAGGAAAACCGAUGCAUUCGGCUACAGGACUCCUAGUUCUAAAACAAACAGAAGGACCAAAGCCAUUGUUCCUGUGGCACAGUCUACUUUGACUUUCAUAAAACCCCUAAAAACAGGUAUUCCUAGACACCCGAUGCCAUUCGCUGCAAAAAAUAUGUUUUAUGACGAACGCUGGAAGGAAAAGCAGGAACAGGGCUUCACUUGGUGGCUAAAUUUUAUAUUAACUCCUGAUGACUUCACUGUAAAAACAAAUAUUUCUGAAGUAAAUGCUACCACUCUUCUUUUGGGAGUAGAGAAUCAACAUAAAAUAAGUGUGCCGAGAGCUCCUACCAAGGAUGAGGUGUCCCUCAGGGCUUACACGGCCCAGUGCAGGCUGAACAGAUUACGUCGUGCUGCGUGUCGUCUGUUUACUUCUGAGAAAAUGGUUAAAGCCAUGAAAAAGCUUGAAAUCGAAAUCGAGGCCAGGCGGUUAAUUGUUCGGAAAGACAGACACCUCUGGAAAGAUGUGGGAGAACGGCAGAAAAUCCUGAACUGGCUCUUGUCAUAUAAUCCUUUGUGGCUACGAAUCGGCCUAGAGACAGUAUAUGGAGAACUCAUUCCUUUGGAAGACAACAGUGAUGUCACAGGGCUGGCAGUGUUUAUUCUGAAUCGCUUACUGUGGAAUCCUGAUAUCGCAGCCGAGUACAGGCACCCGACUGUGCCACAUCUGUACAGAGACGGACACGAAGAAUCUUUGUCAAAGUUUACAUUGAAAAAGCUGUUACUGUUGGUUUGUUUCCUUGAUUAUGCUAAAAUCUCCAGACUUAUUGACCAUGAUCCUUGUCUCUUCUGUAAAGAUGCUAAAUUCAAGGCUAGUAAGGAAAUUCUUCUGGCUUUUUCACGAGACUUCCUAGGUGGUGAAGGUGACCUUUCUCGCCACCUGAGCUUCCUGGGGUUACCUGUGAACCACGUUCAGACACCUUUUGAUGAAUUUGACUUUGCUGUUACAAAUCUUGCUAUAGACUUGCAGUGCGGAGUACGUCUUGUGCGAACCAUGGAACUUCUCACACGAAACUGGAAUCUCUCAAAGAAACUCAGGAUUCCUGCAAUAAGUCGUCUUCAAAAGAUGCACAAUGUUGAUAUUGUUUUUGAAAUUCUUAAAUCACGAGGUGUUCAGCUGAAUGAUGAACUUGGAAAUACAAUCCUAUCUAAGGAUAUCGUAGAUAGGCACAGAGAAAAAACCCUGGCACUGCUUUGGAAGAUAGCAUUGACUUUUCAGGUGGAGAUUUCCCUUAAUUUAGAUCAGUUAAAGGAAGAAAUUGACUUUUUAAAGCGCACGCAGAGUUUGAAGAAAACAAUGUUUGCACUGUCGUGCCGUUCUGAUGCUGUUAUCAGUAAGAAAAAGGAUAAGAGGCAUAGUGGUCACUUCGAACAGUAUAGUGAAAGCAUAAAGCUACUGAUGGAUUGGGUAAAUGCUGUCUGCAGCUUCUACAAUAAAAAAGUGGAGAAUUUUACAGUGUCUUUCUCAGACGGCCGUGUGUUAUGUUACCUGAUCCACCACUAUCACCCUUGCUACGUGCCCCUGGACGCGAUAUGUCAGCGUACUACGCAGACCGUGGAGUGUACGCAGACCGGCUCCGUGGUGUUAAACUCCUCCUCUGAAUCUGAGGAGAGCUCUCUGGAUUUGUCUCUUAAAGCACUUGAUCCUGAAAAUACUUCAGAACUAUACAAAGAACUCCUAGAAAAUGAAAAGAAAAAUUUUCAACUGGUUAGAUCGGCAGUUAGAGACCUUGGUGGAAUCCCUGCUAUGAUUCAUCACUCAGAUAUGUCAAAUACCAUUCCUGACGAAAAGGUGGUUAUUACCUACUUGUCGUUUCUUUGUGCAAGGCUUUUGGAUCUUCGUAAAGAAACCAGAGCUGCUCGACUCAUACAAACAACUUGGAGAAAAUAUAAGCUAAAAAAAGAUCUCAAACACCACCAGAAGAGAGAUAAAGCUGCAAGAAUCAUUCAGUCAGCUGUAAUCACUUUUCUAACUAAACGACGAUUAAAAAAGGAGGUUAACGCAGCAGUGGUCAUUCAGAAAAACUGGCGAAGAAUCCUAGCACAGAGAAAAUUAUUAAUGUUAAAAAAAGAAAAACUAGAAAAAGUUCAAAAUCAAUCAGCAUCUGUUAUUCAGAGAUAUUGGAGAAGAUACUCCACGAGAAAACACUUUCUGAGGCUGAAAUAUUAUUCAGUCAUCCUGCAAUCUAGGAUAAGAAUGGUCCUUGCUGUUGCUUCUUACAAACGGUACCUACGGGCAACAGUAACCAUUCAGAGGCACUGGCGUGCCUGCCUAAGAAGAAAACAGGAUCAACAGAGAUAUCAAAUGCUGAGAUCCUCAGCCCUUGCCAUCCAGUCUCUGUUCAGAAGAUGGAAGCAGCGUAAAAUGCAAUUGCAAGUAAAAGCUGCAGUCACGCUGCAGAGAGCGUUUCGAGAAUGGCACGGCAGGAAACGUGCUAAAGAAGAGAAAGCUGCCGUGGUCAUCCAGUCCUGGUACAGGAGGCACAGAGAAGCACGGAAGUACCGUCAUAUUAGAUCCUGCAUUAUCAUCAUUCAGACAAGAUUCCGCUGCUUUCAAGCCCAGAAGUUGCGUGAAAGGAGAAAGAAGGCCAUCCUGACGCUCCAGAGAUACCACAAAGCACGCCUGAAGGGGAAGGCAGAGCGGACCAGCUAUUUGCAGAAACGGGCUGCAGCCAUCAGACUACAGGCCGCCUUCCGGAGAAUGAAGGCUCGUAAUUUGCACCGACAGAUCCGAGCCGCCUGUGUCUUCCAAUCGUACUGGAGAAUGAGACAGGACAGGCUGCGGUUUCUAAACCUCAAGAAAAACAUUAUCACGCUGCAGGCACACGUCAGAAAACAUCAACAAUUACAGAAAUAUAAGAAGAUGAAGAAAGCCACACUCAUAAUUCAGAGUCAUCUCCGAGCCUACAUUUCAGCCAGGAAAGUGCUUGCGUCUUACCAGGAGACACGUUCUGCUGUCAUCGUUCUGCAGUCCGCAUAUAGAGGGAUGCAGGCCCGGAGAACAUUUCUUCACAUCCUCACUGCUGUUAUAAAGAUCCAAGCCUAUUACCGGGCUUACAUCUUCAGAAAAAAAUUUCGGAGGCUAAAACGUGCUGCAAUAAAGUUACAGUCAUUCAUUCGGAUGAAACAAACCCGUAAACGAUAUUUACAUUUAAGAGCAGCUGCACUGCAGAGAGAAGAGCGCAGGUGGGCAUCCUGCAUCACACUGCAAGCUUCGGUCAGAGGGUACCUGGUUCGAAAGCAGAAACGGUUGGAGAGAAGAGCUGCUGUUUCGCUCCAGUCUUAUUUUAGGAUGAGGAAGGUGCGGCUGGACUACCUGCGAAUCUAUAAAGCAGCUGUCGUCAUUCAGAACUACUAUCGUGCCUACAAGGCACAGGUCAAUCAGAGGAAGAACUUCUUGCAAGUCAAAAGAGCAGCAACCUGCUUACAGGCAGCUUACAGAGGUUAUAAGGUCCGCCAGCUAAUCAAACAACAGUCUGUAGCCGCUCUUACAAUCCAGGCCGCUUUUAGAGGCUAUAGUAGGAGGAUGAAAUAUCACUGUGUGCUGCAGUCUACUCUCAAGAUUCAGAGAUGGUACAGGACACACAAGACUGUUUCUGACACAAGAACACAGUUUUUAAAGACUAGGGCUGCUGCAAUUUCUCUCCAGUCUGCCUAUCGUGGCUGGAAAGUUCGGAAGCAGGUCCGCAGGGAACAGCAAGCUGCGGUGAAGAUCCAGUCUGCUUUUAGAAUGGCCAAGGCCCGGAAAGAGUUCAGGCUGUUCAAAAAAGCAGCAUGCACCGUCCAGCAACAUCUGAGAGCUCGGGCUGCUGGCAGGAGGCAGCGUGCCGAGUACACCGCGCUUCGCCGGGCAGCGGUGACGCUCCAGUCCACGUGGAGGGGGCGAGUGGCCAGGCGGCAAAUGCAGAAGCAGCACGCGUGUGCUGUCAUCAUCCAGUCUUGCUACCGAGCGUACGUGCAGCGCAGAAGGUGGAAAAGCAUGAAAAGAGCGGCCUGUCUGAUUCAGAUGUAUUACAGGGCCUACAGCACUGCAAGAAAACAGCACCGUUUGUACUUGAAAAUCAGAGCGGCUGUAGUAACCCUCCAGUCAGCCUACCGAGGUCUGAGGGUGAGGAGGGACAUCAAGGAGCAGCACAAGGCAGCCACCACUAUCCAGUCCAGGUAUAGAGCUCACCAAACCCAAAAGCAGUACGCCACCUGUAGAGCGUCCGCGGUCCUAAUUCAGAGGUGGUACCGAGAUACUAAGAUUGCAAACUGCCAGCGUAAGGAAUAUCUUACUCUGAAGAAGGCGGCAGUGACAGUCCAAGCUGUUUACAGAGGUGUUAAGAUAAGAAGACAGGUUCAGCUCAUGCACAGGGCAGCCAGUCUUAUUAAAGCCGUCUUCAAAAUGCAGCAGGCGAGGCGGAGAUACCAUCAAAUGAGAACAGCAGCCAUCGUGAUUCAGAGAAGGUACAGAGCAUAUCAUCAGGGUAAGACUCAGCGCGCCAGGUACCUGACAACCUUGAAAGCUGUUAGCAUCCUCCAGGCCAGUUUUAGAGGCGCGAGCGUUAGACAGAGCCUCAGGAAGAUGCAGACCGCAGCAACGCUCAUCCAGGCCCACUACCGGAGAUACAGACAGCAAACUCAUUUUAACACAUUGAAGCAGGCGACAAAGAUGGUGCAGCAAAAGUACCGGGCAGUGAGGGAAAGGAACGUACAAUUGCAGAAGUACACCAGGCUGAGACAUUCCGUCAUCCGCCUUCAGGCUGCUUUUAGGGGGAUGAGAGCAAGAAAACACUUAAAAGUCAGGCACGCAGCCGCAGCCCUCAUUCAGAGGAGAUUCAGGACACUGAUGAUGAGAAGAAGAUUCCUGUCUCUCAGGAGAACUGCUGUGUGGAUUCAGAGAAAAUACCGUGCAAAUGUUUGUGCGAAGCAUCACUUACAGCAAUUCCGACGCUUACAGAAGGCAGCCAUCAAGAUCCAGUCCUGGUACAGGGGGUGGAUGGUGAGGAAGAAGAUGCAGGAGAUGCAGAGGGCUGCCACCAUCAUCCAGGCCACUUACAGGAUGCACAGGACACAGGUGACCUUUCAGACCUGGAAGCACGCCUCAGUUCUCAUUCAGCAACGUUACCGGGCACACACAGCUGCAAAACUGCAAAGAGAACAUUAUGUCAGACUAAGGCACUCGGCAGUGGUCAUUCAGGCUGCACACAAGGGAAUGAAAGCAAGGCAGCUUUUCAGGGCGAAGCUCAGAGCUGCCGUAAUAAUACAAAGCACAUACAGAAUGUACAGGCAGUAUCGUUUCUACCGAAAGCUUCAGUGGGCUACAAAAGUAAUACAAGAAAGAUAUAGGACAAAGAAAAAGAAAGCCCUUGAACACAAGGCACUCAAGAAAGCAGCAACCUGUGUCCAAGCGGAUUUUCAGGAUCUGGCGGAAAGGAGACAGAUUCAGGAACAGCAGCAUCUGGCUGCCACUACUGUUCAGAAACAUUUUAAGGCCUUUAAAAUAAGGAAGCACUAUCUCCACUUUAGAGCAAAGGUAGUUUUUGUUCAAAGAAGGUACCGAGCGCUCGCCGCGGUGCGCACCCAGGCAGUCAUUUGUAUACAGUCCUAUUAUAGAGGGUUUAGGGUGAGAAAGGAUAUCCACCGCCUGCACGCAGCUGCCACGCUGAUUCAGUCAUUCUACCGAAUGCACAGGGCCAGGGUCGAUUACCAAGCAAAGAAAGCGGCUGUUGUUGUUAUACAGAAUUACUACAGGUCAUACAUCAGAGUGAAAAUGGAAAGAAAGAAAAUUCUAGCCACCCAGAAAUCUAUGCGAACUAUUCAGGCUGCUUUUGUAGGCAUGAAUGUUAGACAGAAAUUUAAAAGCAUGCCUGAAGCAACGAUGGUCGCCUCUGGUACCCAACCUGCAUCCUGCUGUUACAGAACUGAAACUCCGUAUGAAGCUGGUCCAUUGCAGGAAGCAGAGUUUCAUUCUCGAAGAAAGGCUGCCGUCACCAUCCAAAAAGCUUUUCGUAAAAUGGUCACAAGAAAAUUGGAAACACAGAAGUGUGCUGCCGUGAGAAUUCAGGCCUUCCUUCGGAUGGCUGUGUGUCGAAGAAGAUUUGCUCAGCAGAAAAGGGCAGCUAUCACUUUACAGCGGUAUUUCAGAACACGGCAAACCAGGAAACAGUUUUUACUGUGUAGAGAAGCAGCAGUGGUCUCACAAAAUCACCAAAGAGCCUUUCUGUCUGCAAAACAUCAAAGAGAAGUUUAUUUACAAAUAAGGAGCAGUGUUAUCUUCAUUCAAGCAAGAAUGAAAGGAUUGAUCCAGAAACGGAAGUUUCAGAAAAUGAAAGCUAGCACCAUAAAAAUCCAGAGAUGGUUUCGGGCAAGGUUACAGCAAAAGCGGCUUCUUCAGAAAUAUCACCGCGUGAUAACAAUUCAGCAUGAAGCUCAAGAACAGAUAAGCCAGCAGAACAGGGCAGCCUCAGUGAUACAGAGAGCUGUACGCCAUUUUCUUCUCCGUAAAAAGCAGGAAAAGCUUAAUAACAGAAUCACUAAAAUCCAGGCAUUAUGGAGAGGCUAUUCUUGGAGGAAGAGAAAUGAUUGUGCCAAAAUUAAAGCUAUUCGGCAGAGACUCCACUGCGCAAAUAGGGAGAUUCGGGAAGAAAACAAACUCUACCAAAGAACCGCACUUGCUCUCCGCGGUCUCCUGACAUACAAGUACCUCUCCGCUAUCCUGGAGGCUCUGAAGCACCUGGAGGUAGUCACUAGACUCUCCUCACUUUGCUGUGAGAACAUGGCCCAGAGUGGAGCCAUUGCUAAAAUAUUUGUCUUGAUCCGAAGCUGUAACCGGAGUGUCCCCUGCAUGGAGGUCAUUGGAUAUGCUGUGCAGGUCUUGCUGAAUGUCGCCAAGUAUGAGAAAACUACUCCGGCAGUUUAUGAUGUAGAAAAUUCCGUAGACACGCUGCUGGAGCUUCUGCACAUGUACCAGGAAAAGCCCGGUGAUAAAGUUGCAGACAAGACCAGAAGCAUUUUCACAAAAACGUGUUGUUUGUUAGCUGUUCUACUGAAGACGACAAACCGAGCUUCUGAUGUUCGAAGUCGGUCGAAAGCUGUUGACCGUAUUUAUAAUCUCUACAAACUUACGGCUCAUAAACAUAAAGUGAAUACUGAAAGAAUACUUUGUAAACAAAGAAAGAAUUCUUCUCUGAGCUUGGCCUGUAUUCCAGAAACACCUGUAAGAACCAGAAUGGUCUCAAGACUCAAGCCAGACUGGGUUUUGAGAAACGAUAAUGUGGAAGAAAUCCUGACUCCUCUGAGAGCUCUGCAGAUGGUGAUGGACACGCUAGGCCUUCCUUACUAGGAGCAGCAAACGCCGCAGUUCAGACAGUGAAAAAAUACAAAAACUGGUGAUGCCCCUUACGUAGAGAGCUGUUGGCUUUCCUUGUACAACUUUUCAAAUGCCUUUGUAUUAAAGUCCAAAAGAUACAUGUAAUAAACUUUUUCUAUUCUGUCUUUUAUGUAAUAGCUCCAUGCAGAGGACAAUUUCAUGUCAUAAAAUGAUUCCAACACUGUUA